CUCAGUCGGUCUUUACAGAAAAUUAUCGACAAGCUGUUGACGCUGUUUCCACAACCCGCGUGUGUGCCGCAUCGUUGGGGAAUAAUUUUCUUUGAGCCAUGUUAUAGACUUUCAUUGAUUCUCUGUUUCAAAAGCAUUUUAAUUUUUCCAUAAUGGCGACAUCUUUGGCGGCGCAGCUGUCUCAAAUUGCUGCAAAUUCGACCAAUUCUCUUAAUCUCAAAGCGCAGAAGACCGCCCACUCUCAGUCACUCUUAUUCGAGCCAAGAGAUGCGGCUACUCAGGAUUUCGAUACUCUUUACCAACUCUGUUUGGAGGGAUUUCAGGAAUUAUGCUUGCUAGAUCCGCGAUUCAUCGUUUUCAGUCGCAGCAUUUUCAGUGAGCAGAGCAAGAGCGAGGAUCGCACACAGAUGACCAAGGCGCAAAAUGAGGAGUUGGACAGAGUAAUCGAGGACUUUCUGGGCCUUGUUGGCGGCAGGCUCUUGUUGAAGCCCGCUGUAAAAUCCGUCGAAUGGCUUGUGCGAAGAUUUCGGGCGCAUGAAUAUAACACUUCGUUCAUGAUUUUGACCUUCCUGCCGUAUCACAGCGCUCCCAUAUUUCCUACCUUACUGUCGAUCCUACCAUCAAACAUCUCGCCGACCUUCAAAUUUCUGCAUCCAUACAUUAAUGCUCGAGCAAACCCGGCCCGACACGCGAUUGUCUACACAACAACAAAUAAUACUGCUUUCUGCAUAGCUCUGAACACAUAUGUUUUACAGGUGAGCCGAGCUCGCCAUCAACACCAUGCCUUGCUCUCGUUUUGGGCGAGCAUUAUGACAGAAGCCUUGGCUGGCAUGCUCGAUUUAGCUCGCUCAGGCAGGAAGGGCGUUCAGAGACAAGCGGAGCAAGAUGUCAUAAUCAGGAUGCUACCGGUAUUGAAUGAGGGUCUCGCAGCGAGCAAAGCUCCCGAGCUACAGCUUGGAUGCUAUAUGCUCGUUACUGUUCUGGCAACAAAAUCGGCUCUCGAGGACAAGGUCCUUGCUGGAUUGAUGGAAGCAGUAGUGGGCGGAUGGACAAAGGACACCUCAGAAGCUGGCUUGGUUUGCUUGGCAGUUCUAGCGCAGGAAAGCCGCGCCGCAAAGUUACCAAAGAGUGUUGUCAAAGAAGUUCUGAAAGUGUCUUCGUUGGAUGAACAUCUGUUAGCAAUCAGUCGGCGUUACCGCGUCGACAAGCUUGCCUUUGGGCUAAGUCUCGGCGUCUUGCGCAGGCUAACAAAACCGAAGAGUUAUGAGGGGCUCGUGUUGGUAGAAAAGAUGCUCGAGGCACGAGUCCUUGGCGACUUGCAAACCUCGAUUGUGAUAAAGUCCAUAUUUCUUGCAGCGCAGCAAAUCGAUUUGCAGUCUGAGGACUACGCCACCAUUUCAGGCCACAUUGCCGAUCUUCUGAACCGCUUGUCCAAUUCAAAAGCGGUGGGUCCGAACAUGAGGAGAGCACUCAAGGAUUCCAGCAUAGACUUGGACCUCCUUGAGAUGAAAUUGCAAACCGUUCUUCGUCCGGUGGAUGACGCCGAUGAACAACCUGCCAUCGACGAUGCUGGUGAUGUUCAAAUGCUGGAGGAUAAUUCUGACGCAGAUCAGCGUCACUUUGAUGCUGCUUUGGCUAAGGUACCCAGCCGCACAGUUGAUGAGGUCUCGUUUCUAUCUCAUUCAAAGUCACAUAUUUUCGACAGCCUCUUGCAGGCUUUCUUGCUAGCCGGCAGUGAUAUUGGUCGUAUGGAUGCUUUCGCAUCGUUGCCAUUGUUACGGAAAGAUCUGGCCCUCCAUGAACCCCUAUUUAUCUCAUUCUUCAUUAAGAUCUGGUGCGGGCCGUAUCCCGUAAUUUCCCGGUCAGCUGCCUUGCAAAUCACCAACCAGACAUUAGCGGUGGCGGACAAUAAGGCCACUACAGACUUACAAGCUGUCAUUCCAUAUGCACUAGCCGCAUUGGCCGAUCCAGCCGACAGAGUUCGGCGUGCAGCUGCAGAACUAGUCAAUACGCUAUGCAGCAGCUUUGAGAGCGGGGAACAAGAUGGAAAGAAGCGCAAGUUCAGCAAGGUCUGGGGUUUCGAUGACAUCUACGGUCAAGGCGAGGAGACUAAGCAAGUAAAAUGGCUCUCGGCGGAAGAUGUUGGUCGUUUCUUGAAGGAUGUGCUUUUGCCAGGGUUGGAAGAGUGCAUUCUGGACAGGACUCAAGUUUUCAGACUCCUGGAAACUGCUCUGGGCGUGCCAUCACAAUCGAAGCACACUGUGAGCAAAAUUGGGGUAAAUGAGCUGAAGGCCUCAACUAGGAACGCUUUCAUGUCUUUCCUUGGCAGCCAUAUUAUGAAUUCCCCGCUCUUUAUGCUCAAAUUGCAACUGCUCAAAAUGACACAUGAUGUUGCAAAAGUUGGGACAAGCUCACGGACGAAGAUGCUCCUGCCUGUAUUGAACCAGUGGGCAACAAUGGUUUCCUCUGACGCUGCUGCUGCUUGUAACGCGGAGCAGAUUGAUCUGGGCGACAUGGAGGAGCAAAUGGCCGCAAUCAUCUCAGCAUCGGAUCGUGAUGGCCUUUCACUUUUGCAGUCCAUCGUCCGAGGCAAUGUUGGGUCACAAAGACCCACACUCGUUAAAGCGCUGCUAGGGCAUCUUCGCAGCAUGUGGGUGUCUUUGAAACCGGAGGCGAUGUCGAACGUCGCCGAUUUUCUCUUAACCUCUGCUUUGGAUGUUCAGGACGCCCCUUCUGAAGAUUCACAAUUGACUCAAUCCGAGGUUUCGGAUACCUUGCGUUCGUUGCAACUCCCUACGCAUGUCCUCGCUUCAUUUCUGAGCCAAUUGCCCACUGCGGCUGAUGUACAGGAGAGAUCGUCCUCGAAGCGUCGCCGGACGAGUCAUAAUGGCAUGGUCACAACUGGCGGCGCUGAAAAUGGCGGCGCGGCUGAUGCCAUACGGAAUAUCACUUUCGUGCUCGAGCUCAUUGACAAUUCUGAGCCUCGAAGUCACCCGCAGCUUUUGAAGGCUCUCUUUGCUACCCUCGGAGAGCUCCAGCACUUUAUGGCCCAAACCCACUCAGAGCUGCCUUACCUCCAAAACUUGAUCUUGACCGCAUUAAUCGAGAUUGUGGACUAUUUCAAGGAGGAUGGUGCCAAGAUUGAGCCGUCGGCGGUUAGAGUGGAUCUUUUGGUCGACUGCAUUAGGACUACAACAGCUCCGCAAGUGCAAAGCGCAGCUCUCCUUCUCGUGGCCAACCUUGCAAGGGUGGCGCCUGAAGUGGUCCUGCACAGUGUCAUGCCUAUCUUCACCUUCAUGGGCGCGACAGUUCUCCGGCAGGAUGAUGAGUAUUCUGCACACGUAAUUGAUCAGACAAUUCAAAAGGUCAUCCCGCCACUCAUAAAUUCCCUCCGGAAAGAGAACGAGGACGCUGUUUCCGGAUCGUCCGAGCUCCUUCUCAGCUUCGUGGCAGCCUUUGAGCAUAUACCUGCUCAUCGUCGAACACGACUUUUCCGGUCGCUUGUUGAAUUGCUCGGUGCCGACGACUUCUUGUUUGCUAUCCUGUGCAUGCUAGGGGACAAAUAUGCGUCAGACCCCAAGAUCUAUGAGUUUGCUGGAGAGCUUGCAGGGCACUUCGGUCCUACCACGCAAUUGAUUACUGGAAGGAAAUGCUUGGGCCUUAUUGUGGAUAUGAUGCAACCGGACCGUAACCUUUCCAACAUCCUCUUGGGUCUACGUGAGAAGGGGGAACAACAAAUUGAAGAUACAGUUGAAAAUAACCUACGACUUCUCAGUCACCUCCUCUCCCAACAGCGACUAGUGUUGCGCGUCGGCCGAGUCUUAAGGGCCAACGAGACCAAGGCUACAGAGCUUCGAAACGUCUUUUCUCAACUUUUGGAAGAAACUCUCGGGCUCAUUGAUGGAUUGCGUGCCCAUGAGAAGCUACAUUCAUCCGCUGGUGACGUUCUUGAGCAUCUACUUGGUCUCCUUUCAACACCGGAGUUUAUUAAAUCUAUUGGUGACUUGUUGAAGCGUCCUGAUGAUAUGCUUCGUCGCAAAAUCCUUAGGUCCUUUGAAGUCAGGCUGCGUAAUGAGAAGCGCGCCGACCAGUCAUCUAGAGAAGCUGUUCUUGGUUUCCUUCCGCAGCUGGAUAGCAUCGUCCAGGAGUCUGGAGACAUUGCUCUCAGGCGCACAGCCACUACGUGCAUUGAUCAGAUCUCCGAGAGAUAUGGAAAGACAAACCCAUCUGCAAUUGCCAGUAGCGCAGGUGUUAUUGCUGGCCCACACUGUCUAGGCAGUAGCGACACUCAGCUCCAGAGAAUGGCACUUCUUUGCCUUGCUUCGAUGGUUGAGGUACUGGAUUCAAGAAUCAUCGCCAUUCUUCCUCAGGCUCUGCCAAGUGCGCUCCGCCACCUGGAAGCUAGCUUGGAGCGCGAGGAAGGUGAACCGGUACAUGACGCUGCCUACUUAUUCUUGAACAGCUUGUUCGAGCGGGUACCAUUUAUGGUAACUGGCGGAUAUCUUGAUACCAUCUUUAAGUUGUCUCACAAAUCUGCUGAGUCGGACCUUACCCAAGAGGCCGAUGAGCACCGAGAGGAAGUUCUCCGCUUUGCGGCUAAGCAGCUUGAUCCAAAAGAAUGCCUGGCAGCAUUGGAGAGAAACUGGACCAACGCCGCCACAGCUGGCCCAUUGGCUUUGCAAGAACACAUUAUGGUGUUGCGCACUACCGUCGAGAGUCACUCUAAAGCUGUUAUUGUCAAAAAUACCAAGCUUCUGAGCAAUGUCUUUUUCCAUGCUUUCGAUCUACGGCGCCUUCAUACCAUCGAGUCGUUUGCUGAAGCACUAGACGAUGAAGACCUCGAAGAUGCAGAAGCCGCCGUGUAUGACGUCGCUAUCAAGGCCAUUCUGAAGUUGAAUGAUACCACGUUCCGCCCUCUCUACCUUAGCAUGAUUGAGUGGGCUUCCAACGGACUUCCAAAGAAAGACCACGGCGGUCGGGCUCUCCGGCUCACUAGCGUCUACGGCUUCUUCGCCACCUUCUUCGGGUCUCUUAAGUCGCUUGUCACGAGCUAUGCUGGCUAUCUCAUCGAAAAUGCUGCGGAUGUUCUCAAUUCGACGUUGGCUAAAGACCCCAACUCUCGGGCUUUAUGGCUCAGGGUCCUGCACACUUUGCUCCCAGCUUUUGAGCAUGACCAAGACGAGUUCUGGCAAGCGCCGGCUCAUUUUAAUGCUAUCUCAGUACCUCUACUUGCUCAACUCGGUAAUGCCUCUGUCCUUCCGGUGACAACCGAAGUCAUUCCUGUGAUCAGCGAACUUGCCGCUGCAAUCGAUUCUGGGGAUCAUCACAAAGUCAUGAAUAGUGCAAUUCUCAAGCACAUGCGCUCCGAUGAUGCCCAGGUACGUCUCGCUGCGGUCAAAUGCGAAGCUGAUCUUACAGAGAAGUUGGGCGAGGACUGGCUUACUUUGCUGCCUGAAAUGCUUCCCUUUAUCAGCGAGCUCCAAGAGGAUGAUGACGAGGUUGUUGAAAGAGAAACGCAUCGGUGGAUUGUCAAGAUUGAAGGUAUUUUGGGAGAAAGCCUUGAUGCGAUGUUGCAGUAAGCUUGUGAGAGUCAGAUUCGAUCGCUUUGAGACAUGGGGCAGAUUUAGACACUUGGAACGUCAUUAAGAUCUUUUUUUUUGUUUCCAUUGUAAAACACAAGGUGUAUAAAGGAGACGGAGUUGCGGAAUCAUUGGCAUGUAUCGAAAUAAAAAGCAAGUGUCUCCUUUCGAUAAUCAACCGA